AUGGCCACAUUGGAUUCUGAUGUGCCGAUGGUACCGGUAGGCGAGGCUUCAAGCAGCGCUGGUCCUUCUUCGACCAAGAGGCCCAAGCGGUUCGAGAUCAAGAAGUGGAAUGCUGUAGCUCUCUGGGCUUGGGAUAUUGUGGUUGAUAACUGUGCCAUUUGCAGGAACCAUAUCAUGGAUCUCUGCAUCGAGUGCCAAGCGAACCAGGCAAGUGCCACAAGUGAGGAGUGUACGGUUGCUUGGGGGGUCUGUAACCAUGCAUUCCACUUCCAUUGCAUAAGCCGAUGGCUGAAAACCCGCCAAGUGUGUCCGUUGGAUAACAGCGAGUGGGAGUUUCAGAAGUACGGUCACUAG